GCAGAGAUGCGGAGCUUUUGAGGAGCAGAAACAUCCAGGCGACCUGUGCAGCUCCACAUGUCUCACUGAGGAGAUUUUCAUCCACGUUUUCAGCAGCUAUUUGAAAUCUGGUGCCAUUACAGCACACUUCACCCCGAGCCACCGACGCUCCUCACACACUUCACAGCUCCCUCAAGUGUCAAAUCAGUGUUUGAACAUGACGGGUCAGACUGAGGACAGCAUCACCCAGGACAUGUCAGUGGACGGACUGGAGUCCAGGCCUCCGGGACGGGCUGCGUCCUUCACUGAUGACACCGUCUCCAUCCUGACCUCCACAAGCCAGCUGGCCCAAACCCUCCUCAGUCACACCUUUGCCCUCAAACACACAGCCAGGCUCUCCAACGCUGAAGCGAAGGCUGGCAGCAGCUGUGAUGAAGACAGUGGGGCCAGUGCACGCCGCAAACGAGAGUUCAUCCCCGAUGAGAAGAAAGAUGACGGCUACUGGGACAAGAGGAAGAAAAACAACGAGGCAGCCAAGCGGUCCAGAGAGAAGCGGCGAGCCAAUGACAUGGUGCUGGAGAGGCGACUCCUGGGCCUGCUGGAGGAGAACGCCCGCCUGCGGGCCGAGCUUUUGGCCCUGAAGUUUCGCUUCGGCCUGGUCAAGGACCCAUCUGAUGUCUCCAUCCUCCUUCCGUCCCCAAUACCCAAUACAACGCAUCUCUAUAAGCCUCACACUGAUGGAUCCUCGUAUCCAAUCACGCCACCCAACACCCACCACCCCCACCCUCCACAGCAGGGUGCCAUGUAUGGACCCAGAGGAGCGGCACCUUUAAGUCACAGUGUGUCCGAGGAGUCCGGCGUCUCCACCUCAUGUAGCUCAGAUGUGAGCAGCCCGGUGUUUUUUGAUGACACUCUGAGUGAUCGUUCACCGAGGGAGCUGAUGGAGGAGCAGCAGGGCUACGACUCCCACAUCUGUCCCCUGGAGGUCAACCAGAGUCAGUACGUAAACAGGCGAGACUCACCGGAGGGUUUGAGGAGCCUCCCGCACAAGCUCCGCUUCAAAGGAGGGGAGACGUCUCCACCCUCUGACAGCAGACUCAGUGGACCACCUGUCGCCACAGUGUGGCCGAACAUCCAGGUGAGGAAUCAGCAGCAGGCGGGAUGGGACGGUCACGCAGAGAGACAGGCUCCCUGGUACGGGGAGGAGGCCUGUGGUGGACUCGAGCAGCAGAAUCAGGGUCCGUCCUCUGGACUUCAUAACUCCUCCUCUCUGCAGAACUCGGGGGACAGCAAGCAUCCAGCAGAGGACAACAGUAUCAGGUCUCAGAUCAGCUGUUUGUCUCAGGAAGUGGCUCAGCUCAGGAGGCUCUUCUCUGAGCAGCUGUUCCCAAAGAUCUCUCAAAGCCAGAGCACAUGGACGAAAAGUUAA